GUUAAUAAAUUUAGUGCGGGAUAUUUUUUUAGUUUGUCACUUAAUUUAAGGCGAUUAAUUGUUUAAAAUAUAACUAACUUUGUACAUAAGCAGUUCGUGCAUUAUUUUCGGCGAAAUUGUAAUAGUGUGAAGAUGUCCAGCGGUCGGGAAGAAGGAGAAAUCGAUUCGGAGGAGGAUGGUCUGCGUAAACGCAUAAAUGAACUUGAAGAGGAGAAUGCAGAAUAUGAAAAGAUCAAAAAAAUUUCGGAAUGCUAUGAGGACAAAUAUGGUAACAUGUUUAGGCUGAAUGACUACAAUGACUGGGUAGCUGUACAACGCGCCGGUCAAGUACCCACCGAUGUGUCUUCUAUUUCCUCAGACGAACUUCCUUCCCCUAAAAAGAAAAAACACAAAAGAAAUAAGAAAAGCAAAUUCAAAAUGCACGAACGCCGCCAUCGUUGCACUCAUCAGCGCCACAAACACUAUAAAAGUCAAGCGCAUGGCGAGAAGCGACACCAUCAUCGUAGGGAACGCUUGUUGAACCCUUACUAUCAGAGUCGGGGCAUUGAAACAAUAUCGCUUGACACAACUGACUAUAGUGAAUAUGAGAGGGACAACUACUCAAUAGCCACCAUGGAGAUCGAGAGUGUAGAUGAGAACGAUGAAAAUACAACAUUGCCUUUGAGCCGCGAAGAAUUGCGAUUGGCGUUGGGGCGUGGUGCCGCGGAAAAGAAAAAUAAUAUAUUUUCCUUGAAAGAACGCUUACAGCCCGAGAAAUAUAUUGAAAUCGAUAGUGUAGAGAAAGUGCAAACAUUUGAAGAGUCCACGCAGAAUUCAAAUGGUGCAGACAACGUGGUAGAGCUCAAUAGUGAAGACUCCAUUUCAAUUGAGGAGCGGGAACUGCGUUUGAUUGCACUGAGAUCAGCAAUUAUGAGAAAACAUGCGACGCGCAAAAAACGUAAUGCCGAGAUUGCUUAUUCGCCCACAGAUUUCGAUGACUUGUUGGUUGAGCCAAUCAGCUCUGUCACCUCGGACAUCGAGGAGUUGGCGGGUGAUAUGGAAAUAAGUCCAGCUAGUUCACCAAAUCUUAUACUUAGUCCCAUUCAGUGUGACGAUGAACAAAACAGCAAUAUAAGCUUGGAGACAGUAGAGAAUCAAGUUGACAAUAAACCAGUCGAUAUGGAUAUUGAAAGCAGUGAUAGCGAGCAGGAGGACAACGCGACGAAUGUUUUCGACCCGGAUAGCAUCUGUGCACAGCAAACACAUGACAUUCCGCUUCCAGCAGGGCCGCCCAUGGAAGGUAUGGGUAUGCCAGUAUCAUACGAUUAUGCCAGCCACGCCAAGCCCAUGUCCUUCGAUAUGUAUAUGCCUGCAAUGCAUUUCAGUACACAGGUGGAUAUGCCACAAGCGAUUUUACCCAUGUCAAACAUAUCUACAACAACGAUGCAGCCACUGCCAUUGGUUGAAGUUGCGCAAAAUGUGAUUGUCGAUGGUGAAGAGGAAAGUUCUAUUAAAAAUGAAGGCAUAAAUGAACAGCUUACCAUGAGUGCAUCUCCGAAAUCGACUACUAUGGAUAUUAUACCAGAAGAUACCACCCAAGAGCAACCGGAGCAGUGCAGUGAUGAGGAAGAGGAGGAAGCAUUGCGCGCCUUGUUGCUAUCACAACGCCAAACGGCAAAAGCAACGAAAGCUAAUGCUAUGCCGCAUGUAAGGAAACCUUUCCCAGCUUCCGACACACCACCACAAAUUGCAGCUGCGCACAACAAAAGAAUGGGAAGCAUUAUUAAACCACAACCAAUACCACUUCCACUAUUACAGACUAUACGCAGUGAUGGUAAUGUCAAACCUACACCAACCGAGUCAAUUUUAAAAGAAGCUGUGCGUCGUUUGAAAGUCAAAUCCUUUGCACGUUGCGAGGAGGCGCAGAACGAUACUCAAUCGGAAGCGCAUGUUCCACGUUUGAAAAUAAAGGCUUUUGCGCGUUGCAAAGACUUUGAUGAGGACGCGUAUGCGCACCCGACAAUCGGCGCAGAGAGUGAGUCAUCCGCAUUUAUGGUGCAUGCAUCGCAUAUCAGUGACAUAAAUUAUAAUCCUCUUCAGCUGGAAGACGGCAGAAGCAUAUCCGAUAGCACAUUGCACAGAAACACGCCAGAAAUGUUAGGAGGUACACAGUCCAAUUCGAGUGAAAAUGCCGUUAUACUGCAUGCAACGAAACGACAUUUAGAAAAGGAGGAACCUAUGGGGCGCACGCUCCGUACAAUUGAGCUGAAGCAGGGCGCCGAGAACUGUAGUCAGCACUCCACAGAAAAUAGUAAUAGUGAUUUGCUCAAUAGAAACAAAACGCCACAAAAUUACGAAUCGCAUGCUAAGAAACCAAAAAGAACGAUGGAGCAAGCAACACAGGUUACGAAAGGAGAUGUAACUAUCGUGGAUGGCAAGGAGAUCGCUCAAGAGAGCAUAACGAAGGAAAAAGACGCCAACGCUAGCGGGGAAAAGGAAAACAAGGAGGUUUCGUCCGUGGCAACAUGCGGUAAUGAUUUCACCACAAACACCGUCGCUAAAGCAAAGUUGAAUGCUAAGGUCGUCGCCAAGCCCGCGAAACUGGUAGAAAAGCGGAAAGUCAGUACCUCAGUGCUUGCAGCGAAAGCAACAAGUGUGGGGAAAACCGCAGCUACUGCACCUGUAAAGCAGCCAGUGCCCAAAGCCGUACCGCCCAAAAACAGCACAACACCAACAACUUCGCCGAAGGUAGUAAAACCCCAGGCUCAACAACUGAAAAUUGUUAAGCCAAAUAAAGUAAUCAAUAAAAGUCUGGAAAAAAUUGAUGAAGCCAUCGCGCAAAAGAAAGUUGACGCUAGCAAUCAAUCGCGAAUUCUCACACCCACAACUCUGCCAAAUAUUAAAGUAAACAGACUCAUUAUACGUAUUGGUGAUAGAGAUUCCUCCUCCGAGGAUGAGGAGGUUUUACGCAAUCAAACGCUGGAGCGUUGUAUUGGUCUGGCGACCGUGCGCACGGCCACACCAGACUCGUUGACUAGCGUACUCAACCAAAAUGUUUAUGGCAGCAAAUAUGCCACUACAAUGAGCAACUCAUCCGCCGAGCAGCUGGCUGAUGCACGCGUACUGGCCAAUGACGACAUAUCGAAUACGUCAUCUGCAAAGGACACAGUUGUGGAUGAGUCAUUCGAAAAGAAAUUGGAAAAUUUCCUAAAAAAUAUCCGUUCCAAAACGCUACAGAAGAGUAGCAGUGCUGAGCAUCCGCGUGUGCGUAAGCUAAGUGCCAACAGCACGCAAAUGGGCACACCAACGGCCGUGCGCAGUCUUCCUAUCGCCUCCCAGGAGGAAUACAAACGUUUGGUGCAUCGCAUGAAGAUAUUGGAAAAGCAAAAGCAUUUGAAGAAAAUGCAAAAAAGUUUACUUGCAGAUGCAGAGAAGUAUACGAAAAUCAAGCAGGGAAAUGCCAAUCACGUGCAUAAGCCGCAUGCUGCACAAGACGUCGCCGCAUCUACUACUAUCGGCACACAAACGCCCAACGAUGCGCCAAGCAUUGCCAUUGCCAUUGCCAAUGAGAAAGUCGCAGCUAUAGCUGAAAGUGCCGAGCAGCAGCCAAAUUACGAAUAUGAACAUUCCAAGCAGUUGCCAACAACGGAAAGUCUUGCAACAGUGACCACGCAUGCGCCAACCAGUGAAGCGGCACCCAAAAAUGAGAAGCUGCUGGCGCAAAAACUGCAUUCCUGCGAAACAAUACUUGCCAGCAUUAGCAAUAGCAUCAUUACCAGACUGGAUAAAUCGUUUCAGCUUGUCAAUGAAACGAGGGCGGCGAAAAUCGCUAAAAUGCGCCACGAGCUGCGACUGAAGGAGCUGCGGCUCGAAAUGGAGCAAACGCAGCGAAAAAUGAAAGAAGAGCAAGCCAAAAUAUCGCGUACCCAUCCGGAAAUAUGCGCCAACAAUGAACUGAUUACAAAGCUAAAGCAGAAACGUGCAAAGGUGCUCGAAAUGGCGCUGAAGUUGGGCAAAGGCGUUCAAGGCGAUGACUAUAGAUUAAAUAAUGAUUUGAAAAAUGAAAUAACGCUUAAAACAAAAGGAUUGGCAACACAUAUAAAACUUGUAAAUUCAAUAAGAUAUUGUGAUCUAGAUGUAUUAGAUAAGGAAACCAUAAUGCCAACCAAUACUGAACUAGAGACUAGUGAUGCGCACGCGCCUGUUGGUCAACAGUCUAAUGGGCAAGUUCCCAAAACUAUGGCACCAAGCUCCACAGAUGGUAGAGAAAGCGAAAAUAUUGAAAAAGCUGUGAACGCUUUGCCAACGAAGGAAGCGAAUGUGUCAGACACUGCUAACUGUUCACCCGCUGAUAAUGAUUUACCAAGUGCUUGUGAGAAUGCUGCGGAUGGCCAAGUGAUUGCGCAGGAGGAAUCCGCAAUUUGUGAUACAGCCAAUGUAGUAGUGGUGACAGCGCAUAUCGUAGAGACGGCCGUGGCGAGUGUUGAGGAGAUGCCGGCGCCGUGUGACAACGGCAAAGAAGUUCUGCCGGAGGAGCGCACGCCCGAAGAAGACAAUGUGGCAGUAACGGAGCAAGCGAGCACAAGUCAUUCACUGCGCGAUUACAUAUCUCCGCUUGUGCACUUGCGAGGCGAAAGUGGAAAAUGGGACCCAAACGAUAUUAUUUGCCCAUAUGAGUUGAUGGGUCAGUGCGAGGAUAAGGAUUGCAGUUAUAGACAUUUAACCGACAAAUGAGUCACAGUCAUAUUGCGCCGAAACCAAAGGAUCAUAGCUAGCAAAUCGCAGAGCGUGCGGCGUUACGUUCGAUAUCGGUUUGUAGAAAUUACUUAAAAUGGAGUUCCAAAUAUAAUAUGCCUAGGUAAGUUAAAACAACUCAAUUUAGAAUUAUACACCAACGUGUAUCGCGUCCACUUUUAAAUCUAUCCUAUACCACUCGUAUAUGUUUUUUUGUUGUGAUAAUGCAUUUCUUUUUUAUUUGAGUUGGUUGUGGCAUAAGGUUUGUGAUAGAAAUGCAGCACAAAGGUCUGUUGUAACUAUCAAAAAUGCGGCCUAAAAGCUAACAAAACAAAAAAAAAAAAAACGUUAAAUUAAUUACUAUAUAAAUAUGUAAGAGGUGUGAAGAUCAAAGAAAUUAUUAAAUGCCUAGAUUGCUGGAAAUUCUCUUUUUUCGAAAAUUCUACUGUGCCAUACAAAAAGUAAAUACACAAAUGGUACCUUUGGUGUAUUUUAGCAAACUCGCCACAUUUUUGAUUUUUGUAAAAAUUAUAAAAAGACGUAAAAUUUAAGAUGAAAUUAAAAAAUUAUUAUAUUCUUUUAUAACGUUGUUAUAAGAAAAAUUGUUUACAAAGUGAAUA